CCAAAUUAAACCAAAAGAAAAACACACCCACUUGACACCGUGAUUCCAUUCAAUACUUAGCUUCGACCUAGCCUGCUAACCACUACAUUUCAGUCUCAGCCGGUUAAUCCAAAAGCUAGCCAGAGCCAGAGGGGGUGCUUGGGUGCCCAUUCCAUUCCAUUCCAUCGUCUCAAAAUUCAUUCGUCCCAUCGGGCAGCUCCACCUUAAUUAGCUUGGAGAUCGAGGUGACCGACCAUCCAUGGCGUUGCACUUGUUGGCUUCCUUGAUCGUCUCCCACAGCUGCAUAAGAAGCCCACUGCAGCACCGGCGACACUGAUCGAUUAAUUGGUCGAUCGGUCGGCCGGUGUUAAUUUGGCCAUGGCGGACGGCCUGCUCUUCGUGAUCCCUUUGGUGCUGCUAGCGAUGUCGGCGCAGCUGGUGCAGGGGCAGCAGCCGGAGCCGGAGACGCCGCCGGGGGCUGGGAUCAAGGUGGCGUUCCGGCCGAGCAUCGCGAUCGUGGUGGGCAUCUUCACCAUGAUCUUCUCCCUCACCUUCCUCCUCCUCAUGUACGCCAAGUUCUGCCAUCCCUCCACUCCGCCCUCCGCCGCCACCGACACCGGCAGCACCCUCCCGCCGGCGCCGGGGACGACGACCGGAGGCGGCGUGGCGAAGGCGGUGGUGGAGUCGCUGCCCUUCUUCCGGUUCGCGGCCCUGCGAGGCGCCAGGCAGGGGCUGGAGUGCGCGGUGUGCCUGGCCCGGUUCGACGACGCCGACCUGCUCCGGCUCCUUCCCCGGUGCCGGCACGCCUUCCACCUGGACUGCGUCGACCGCUGGCUUCAUUCCAACGCCAGCUGCCCGCUCUGCCGCGCCCGAGUGGACGCCGACGACGCCGCGGAGCUCGGGCUCAAGUUCGCCACCGCCAGCGCGCGCUUCGUCUUCGCCGGCAGCGGAGACGACGACGACGCCGCCGCUGCUGCUUCAGAGGAACGCGACGACGCGCUGCAGACGGGCAUCUUCGUGGAGCGGGUGCGGUCGGCGAGGUUCAAUCUUGAUGAGCCGCCGGAGCCUGAGCCUGAGCUGGACCGGCACGAGCACCGGAUCGUGGUGUCGGACGCCUUGUUCAAGAGCCGCUGGAGCGACCUCAACACGGCGGACCUCGCCGUGCUCGACAACCGGAUGAAGCUCAUGCUCCGCUCCACCUCCAGCGGCCUCGACGACGACAUCUCCGCCUUGUUUCAGCAUCAUCCUCAUCACCAAGACAAAGAGGAGGAAGACGAAGACGGCAUAUUAUACAUCGACGUGGUGUCGCCGCCGUCGGAGGGCCGGACGGUGGAGAAGAAGCGGCUGCUGGUAGAUGGUCAACACCACGAGAAGAAGUCCAAAAGAUCAGGCAUCUGCGGCGGCAGCUCCGACGGCGUCGUGGAACCAACAACGACGACAGUAGGAGGACUGGCUGCGUCAAGCUCAAGGCUGAUAACUUCCGGGGUUCGCUCCAUGUCGGAGAUCGUGAGGCUGCCCAGGAGGAUGAACGAAACAAGGACGGAGGAGGAAGAGAUGCGGCGGUGGGUGCCCAUCGCCCGCCGGACGGCUCGCUGGUUCGCCACAAGGCCGCACCACGCUUCAGCCUCGUCCUCCCCACCUCUGUAAAAUUGAACACCAAACCAUCCAUAGAUUGAUUUGCACACAAAGUUUCUCUCUCGAUCGUGCAUGUAUGUACUGAUCCCUAGGGAAUUAUUUACUACUAGUAGCAAAGUAAACUGAAACGCCUUGCAUACAAAUUUUACAGAUUUCUUUCCUUUCCUUUGUUUUCCCCUUCCA